AUGCUAUCCACACUCCGACACACCUCGCGCGUGCGCGCGCGCGCCUCUUUGCCGUCGACUCUUCAUAUCGCGCGCGCCGUCGCGACCGCACCUGCAUCGACACAGAAACGCGCAGGCGACAUCUCAGACGCAUUCGCUUCUCUUAGUGGGAAGGAAUUCACGCCCCUCGAGCCGCGCUAUGCCACGUUGAAGAAGAACCUCAUUGCCGGUCGUGAGGAUGCAAUUCGAGCAUCAUGGGAGCGGCUGUUGAAGGACCUGCGCACAGAGAUCCCACAUAUUGUUGAGAUGGGAAGCAAAGUCGUUCCGGAGGUACAAUACAAGGAUAUUGUGAAGGGCACUGUUAGCCAGGAAUUCGUUGCGGAGCAUCGCAAACGAGGUGUCGCCAUUGUGAGGGGUGUCGUUGACGAAAAAGAGGCGCGUGGCUUUAAAGACGAGGUUGAGGACUAUGUUAGGAAAAAUCCGCAUACGAAGGCUUUUCCAUCCGACAACCCGCAAGUCUUCGAACUCUACUGGUCGCGACCACAGAUGCGGGCCCGCUUGCAUCCAAACAUGCUGAACACCCAGCGCUACCUGAUGUCAUUCUGGCAGGCCAAGGACCCACAUGCGCAGAUCUCGACGCAGCACCCCACAGCGUACGCGGACCGGCUGCGCAUCCGUCAGCCGGGUGACGCCAAGUUCGCUUUAGGCCCACACGUAGACGGCGGGUCGGUUGAGCGAUGGGAACCAGAGGGGUACGGACGCGGUGGCGUGUACGACAAGAUCUUCGAGGGGCGGUGGGAAGAGUACGAUCCAUGGGAGGCCGGCUCACGGCUGCCGGUCGUGUCGGACAUGUACCAGGGCGUAGGCGCGUGCAGCAUGUUCCGCAUGUUCCAAGGCUGGCUGAGCAUGAGCGAGACGGGUCCAAAUGAGGGUACGCUGUUGGUCAACCCACUUCUCUCUCGCGCCACGGCCUACAUCCUACUGCGACCGUUCUUCACGCCCAAGCGAGGCCCGACAGACCCCAAGUCCGACGUCUUUGACCCGGCCUUCCUCGAGGCCGGUAACUGGCAGCUCGAGCAGCCGGAACCCAGUUCGUGGCUGCAAGGCGCGACGCCCGGCCAGGGCCAGGAGCUGCGCGCGGCACUGCACCCGCACCUGGACCUCGCGCGCAGCAUGGUACACAUUCCCCGCGUCCGUCCAGGCGACUACGUGUCCUGGCACUGCGACGGCAUCCACGCCGUCGACAGCACGCACGCCGGCAAGGGCGACUCGUCGGUCAUGUACAUCCCGGCCUGCCCGCUCACCGAGGCCAACGCCGCCUACCUCACCCGCCAGCGCGACUGCUGGCUGCGCGGCGUGCCCAGCCCGGACUUUGGCGGCGGCGAGGGCGAGUCUCGCCACGUCGGUCGCCCGUCGCCCGAGUACGUGGCUGAGCUGGCCGGACAGGAGGGCAGGAGGGCUUGGGGUCUGGAGCAGUGGGAUAGCACGGCUGAGGGAUUGGCUCCGGGCCAGCGCGCGGUGUUGGACCGCGCGAACAAGGUGUUGGGGUUCCAUGUGUAG